AUGGAGAGUGGGAAGGAAGUGCUGCUCCUGAAGACGCUCCUAGUCCAACACCAACAGGCCCGCAGAUGGCUGAGCCCCUUCAUUGUCACCUGUUCCAUCUACUUCCUCCUCUGGAUUCCUGAGAGCCAGUCGACCUGGGUCAGUGCCCUGGUCAAGAGCCUGCCUGUGCUCUCCCUGGUGGUGUACCCAUGGGCCCUGACCUCUGGCGGGAGCUACGCCUGGCUUCUCCAGGGAGGCCUUGUGUGCUCGGCUGUGGGGAACGCCUGCCUCAUCUGGCCCGAGGCCUUCCUUCAUGGUAUGACCGCCUUUGCUGCUGCCCACUUCCUGUAUUUCUGUGCCUUCGGGCUCUCCCCGCUGCAGCCGGCCCUGCUGCUGCUCACCAUCCUGGCCUCUGUGGUGUACUAUGGCCUGCUUCUGCUGUACCUUGAGCCGGACAUGUUCCUGCCAGUGGCAGUCUACGUGCUGGUGGUGUCCGCCAUGCUAUGGCGUGGCCUGGCCCAGGGUGGGAGUGCUGGCUGGGGCGCUCUGCUCCUCGCACUUUCUGAUGCCAUGCUGGCCUGGGAUGUCUUUGUCCACCCCCUGCCCUAUGCCCGCCUGGUGACCAUGUCCACCUACUACUUAGCCCAGCUGCUCAUCACCCUGUCAGUCAAGAGCCUAGGGCUCAAGAACGACUGA